GUUCAUUUGUUUUCCUCAUUUCCCCCUUCUAUGAUCGGGUUAUGCCAGUUUGCAGCUAGCUUAUCGGCUAAUUGUUAUCGCUCUGUGUUCACAUGGUGUUGAGGCGUUUGUUGUGUGCUUUUCGUAUACAUUUCGCGUCUCAUUUCCGCUGAGUUAAAAAGCGAACACUGAGGGUAGAGCUUAUUGUCUACAUGUAGUGAAGCCACGCUGACCAGGUACCAGGUGAACGAGGUGCCAACAGUGCAUUAAGGUGCGUCAUGAAUUAAUUUCCAUGGGGAACUUGUUUGGCAAGCUCUGCAGAAAUUAAGAGCGGAAAACGAAGAGCCGGAGGAAAAGCCACAGAUGUAGUCGCUCGACAGCCAGCAGCCAUGUCUAUUGAGUACACCAUUGACAUCCAGCUAACAGAGUUGGGUUACACGGACGUCGUGCAGCCGCUGGAGACCUCGGUGAGAGAUACACCCAAACGAACCUCAAACAGCAACCAAACCACAGCAGUUUCAUCCCCUCUGUCAGAAGCCUGUACACGGCACACGGUACAAGGCAGAGGGACUCUUGAAGUGUCAGAGCUCACAGGGAACGAUCCAGAAGCUGCAGACCUCCCUCAGCUGGUAACUGAACAGGGUGACAGUGCAGAUAAAGCUGGUGAUGAUGAUGGAGACACAGCACAAGGGGAUACAGCAGAGAUGCUGGAGGAUGUGGAUGAUGACUCAGAUGACAGCGAGGUUUCAGAUGUGUAUGAGGAGGAAGAGGUUGAUGAGGAAGAGGAUUAUGAUGAGGAUGAGGAGGGACUGAACAAUGAGUCAAGUCAUUCAGGCAACUACCGCUGCAGUGUCUGUGAUCUCCAGCUUCCCUCCAAAUUUAAGCUCCAGGACCACAUGAACCUGCACACCGGAGCACGCCCGUACUGCUGUGCUGAAUGUGGAAAGCGCUUCUGCCAGAUUUACAGCUACCGUGUCCACCUGCGCACGCACGCCCAGACCAAAGUGACUCGGCUCCAGUGCCGUGUGUGUAUGAGGAGCUAUGCGUCAGAGGCAGAUUUGAAUUUCCACCUGUCCAGAACUCACUUUGAGAAUGAGUUUUACGAGUGUGACCUGUGCAAACGCGUGUUUACUUCUUUGAAGGCGUGUGAAUACCAUGUGCAGUCGCAGAAAUGUAGGCUGGAAGUGGAAUGUGAGGUAUGUGGCCGCCAUUUCCCCUCUUCAAAAUCUCUCAUGCGCCAUCGGAGGAGGGUAUGCCAUUGCAGUUUUAAAUGCACAGACUGCACUAAGACCUUUAGCAAGAAGAACGCUCUCCUGAAACACAGCUUCUCCCAUCUUGGUUUGUUGCCUUACACCUGUGUUCGAUGUCGCCGCCACUUCCGCUUGGCAAAGCUGUACCGCCAACACAAGUGUGAGCCCGAACGCAUUCACUGUGUGGCGUGUUUGAGAGAGUUCCUCAGUCAGGAGGACUUCCAGCAGCACAAAAAGGACACAGGGUGCUGGGGCAAUCAGGAGCCUAAAGGGGACGAGAUCAGAUGUUUGGAGUGCGGACAGAGGUUUGACACUUCUGAAGAGCUAAAGAAACAUGCAGGGGCUCACCAGAGGGUGCUGAAAUGUGCUGAGUGUGGAAAGGGGUUCCGGUCGGCCUUGUUGUUAAUGUCCCACAUGGGCGGUCAUGCAGGGAAGUCACCCUGCCUUUGUCAGAGCUGUGGACUGGGCUUUCCUCACCAGCAGAACUAUGACAGCCACCUCAAGACCUGUGGACAAACACCUCAGCCUGCGAGUGCUCCCAAGAAACGGCAGGCCUCAAAGAGUUCCUCAUCUGAGACAAACAGGGUCAAUGCAAAACCACACUCAUCAAAUCCUACAAACAAAGCCGCUGUGCCUGCUGCUGUUUCAAACAGCCCUGUUGCACCAGUGACGGAUUCUCCUAGUCUGGGACUUGUGACAGGGGAUGUGUCUUCUAGCUCUGGUCCAUCAGAUGGAUUAUGGAAGCUAACCCUCGACAAACAGCCGCCUCCAGGUGUUAAACUUGUCGUGUUUCUUCCUGUCUGUGCAACUCAGGCCAACGGCCUGACACUCCCAUCUGCAAACUCUCCCACACUACCAGUUUCAGCUAUGCAGGUUCAAGCGGCUCUCCCGCAUUUUUCAAAUGAACAUUUAGGAGUGAACGCUGCUCUUGGAGCACCACUGAAUGCCCCCCUCGAUUUGGUAACUGGGAUCAAACAGGAUCCAGAAUGGGACACACCUCUGGAUUUGUCAAAGAAGUCUAAAUCAUCUAAGUCUGCUCUGAGUGACAUUUCUCUUCCUCCUGUUAAAAGUGAGCCAGAAGAAUUUGAGAUCUCAGGAGAGGCUAAUGGCACUAAAAGACAAGAAUUUAAAAACAGCAAUAGCAAAAUGAUUGUCAAAACAAAUUCAGGAGAGACAGCAACACAUACCGAAGUGAAGCAGUGUAACAUGGAUCCCAUGGAUCUCUCUGGUGCGAAAGUUAACAGAACAUCCUCUGGACUAAUGAUAGACAUUAAGAAAGAGCCUCAGUCUCCUGGCACUGAUCUUGAUUCCGGGUCAUCCAGAUCUUGCCAGCUGACAGAUAAAGAAAUAAAGAUGGAGAUUGAUAUUUCACGCCCUGCUGAUGUAGAGAAAUAAACAUUUUGAGUGUGGGCAAAAAAAAAAAAGAGAAUAAAAUUCCAUCAGUGGUCACAGUCCCUGCUGGAGGAUGUGUCUAAAUCCUGCAAAGGACACACCUGCCCGUAGCCACGUAAACCAAAUAUGGUGUUAUUCUGCAGUCAGAACCAUAUACUCUUCUGUAUUGUAUAUAUUUCUGUCUCAUCAGUGUAUCUACCAUCACACCCUUAUAUGACAAAAUUAGUUUUUCUACUUUAUCCAUUAUCAUGAAAAGACUCUUAAGGAAAACUAGCGAUUAGACUAGCAGUCGAGUGUGUGAGUUUUGGUUUAGAAUAAGAAAUAUUUUUGUUUCUUCUGUAACUAAGAACAUUCCAAGCUCUUUUCUUAUCAUGGCAUACGUUUUAUUUCCAUUUUGGGUAAAGCUUGUGGCCACCGGAGCAAAAAUGGUACUGUUACUGUCAUGAAGCCUAUGCAAUAUCGUGCAGGAUUUUCCACAGCAUUAAAACAUAUUCCUGAUUUCUGCCUUUAUGUACUUCUUUUUGUGUGGGGGAAAUUAAUUCUUUAGGUUUAUUAAUGUGCAUUAAGUUAAGUAAAACACUGGAUUUCUUCAUAUUCAGUUGAAAACUUGAAAUAUUUGCAUUUUUGUGUACAGACCCUUGACCUUUAGUACUAUGUUGAAUAUUUAAUGAAUGCAAAUAAUGGUACUGAUCAGUAACAUGACAUAAUGUCACCUUGUGAUUUACAUUUGCUGAAUCUUUACAGUCUGCAGGUAUCUUUUGAUGUUUUUACUAAAGGCAAAUAAACAGUUGUCCUUAAUGCAAUAUCACUU